ACACAACUUCACACCCUGUAGUAGUUCCAGUGUCACUCUUGGUUAGUGAGCCGCCAUCGUCAUCAUGAAGCUGUUAAUGCUGCUCGCGCUCGCGGCCGCCAUGGUGGCGGUUCAGGCUUGCAAGGAAAAAAGUGAAUGCCACGAGCUGAUGCGCGAUGUAAUGCAUAAAGAAGACAUGAAGGAAAUCAUAGAGAGCUGUAUGGAGGAAAAUGAAAUCGUCCCUAACUUAGGUCGACGAUCCGGUGGCCGCAAAGGAAAGAGAAGUCCUCAUAUGGUGCGGUUCAUUACAAGUCUUUCUCAAGAAAAUCAGACAGUCCUAGCCGAGUGCAUCUUCGAUAAGGAAGGUCUUCUCACAGAUGAUGGUUUGUUCGAUGCGACGGCGUUCACAGAAGAAGUGAUCGCCAAGUUAGGAGAAGCAGAGCAAACUGAACAAGCAGAUGCUAUGUUGGCUGCCAUUGAGGACGGCACUUGUGUAGUCGAGGAGAGCGAACCUGACUUGAUGCUGGUCUUCCGGUUCAUAUGGUGCCUCAAGGAUGAGUGCAAAGAAGCAACCGAACCAUCAUCUGAAGAAGAAGAAUAACAAUGAACACGGAAAGAGCAAAGUUACCGCUAAUCCUCUCUACGCUCCUUUGAAAUUGAUAAUUGAUCCUGUAAAUGCCGAUUCGAUUCAAAAUCUUUUGAAUCCAAAAUCUAUUCUCAAAUCCUAAUAAAUCCUUAG